AUGGCCCAAGAGGCGGCGAAGCAUCCCGCCCCCCAUCCCGCCCCCUCGGCCGUCGAGACGCCCGAGCAGCACCUCCAGCAGGAGCGCGCAAACCUGCACGCGCACUUUGCAGCGAACCAGCCCGCGCCCGAGCAGACGAGCAAGAGCCAGGAAGAGGACCUCGACCGGCUCGCCAGCGCGAGCACCAAGGCGAACCCCCUCGGUCCUGGCGUAUCCAGGGACACGCACGUCGGAAAGGACGGCAUGCUCUACCGCCGCAUGCCGGAUGGGACGGUCGUGCGCGCGCCAGAGGACGAUGUCGCCAUGGGCAUCGAGGAUGCGCGCGAGGGCAAGCUGGGCAGGAAGGAGCAGGAUGAGGUUGAUCGGAACUUCUAA